CCAUUUUGCCGUGAGAAGGCGCAGAGACACGGCCACGGCCCGCUCCCAAAACGCUUGGCAGGACAGCUGUAGGCAGCCGCCCUCCCGCUUCCCAAUUAAUUAUUUCCAGCGCACAUCGCCUCGAAUGCGGCGUUCAAUUCCGAGGAGCGCACCGAGCGGCCCGCGGCUGCACGCUGCUUCAGCCCGCACGGCGCUGCUUCGCUCCGCGGCGGCCGCAGGAAUUCCGCCUUCGGUGCGGUGCGCUCGGAGCGGGCGGGCAGCCGGCAGCGGCAGCCGCGGCACAGCCGUUCGUUGCUGGAAACUCAGCGGCAUUCGGCAACGAUUUGGGCUUGCGAUUAAAUUCAUAAUAACGAUAAUAACGACAAUAAAUCUACGUUCGAUUCGCUCCCUACGCCGUGUUUCCAGACAUACGGGCGUAGGGAGCGGUAAGCGGCCGAGCCCCCCGGGCCGAGGCACUGAGCAGCGCGGCCCGGCCCGGCCCGAGCCACGGCAGCGCGGCCGCGCUCUGUGCGCGAUGUCCGCCCCGCGGGGAGCGCCCGGGGCCGCCCCGCAUCCCGCCCCGCAUCCCGCCCCGAGCCCCGCACAGCGCGCUGCGAGCGAACGCCGCUCCUGCGAGACGCGGCCGCGGUGCAAGAAUUUGAAUUAUUAAUUUUUAAUCUUUUUUUUUUUUUUUGCAUCCGUUGCCCUUUAAUACUUUGUAAUGUGAGUACUAAAAGGCCCUUUGAAUUAUUUAUCGCGGAGUUGCCGAAGAAAUUGCUGUCCUGUAACUUUAGAGGCAACAUGUGCGGAGGGGCUCAGAACAAACGAAGGAACGCGGCACACGGCCGCGGGUAUCGGCGGGGGCACCAAACGCCCCCCCGUCCGGCACCCCGCAUCUAAUUUGCGAAGGGCCACGCGAGAACGCAGCGAACGGCUGAGCCGUGGGGCAGGGGCGGCGGGGGAGGGGGGGUGGGCGAGGUGCUCCUGAAGGGGGGGAGACGGAAAAAACUCUAUUUGUGCGAGAGGGCUCGGAUCGAUCGCAGGGCAAUGAGAGUUUCCACUAAGUUCAGAGCCAAUAAGUCAGUGUCAGAAGCGGGGGAGGAAAAAAAAAAAAAAAAAAAAAAAAACCUCAGCGAAAAUACAAACAGAUCAUUUUUCAGCAAAGUGCGGAACGAACAAAGAUCUCGUGGCCGGGGAUGUGCACAAGGUUAGGGCCGGGCGGGAGGACGCCGCGGCACAGCUCUAUCAGCGGGGUGCGGGUGCAGCCGGGCGGCUGCCGCAGGUGCACGCUCGGAAAGCCGCCCGUUAUUGCUCGGUGCGGGGGAAGACGAGCCGGGAAAUCGGCGAUAUGAUCCCGGGUGAGGGAGAGCGGGGUUUUGUUCAGGAAGGGAGAAACAGGGAACCACGGGGCGUUUUGAAUUUUCCCCGAAUCAAUCGCCACUGAUGUAUGGAGAUUCGUGCGGCGAAAAGAAAAAAAAAAAUCCAUAUAUGAAAACAGAAAGAAAGGGAAAAAAAAAAAAAGAAGCAAGAGCAAAACAACAACAAAACAACAACAACAAAAAAGGAUUCGUGAGAGUCUGACAGAUUUUGUCGUUGGUUUUUUUUUUUCCUGGAUGAUUUUUCUUUUAAAGAUCGAAAGCCGAGGGCUGACGGGUCCGUAUGCGGACGAGCCCCGGCCGCGGGACACAUGGCCAUCCCCGCUCUCGCCCUCCCUCUCCAUCCGUCCCUUCCUCCUUCUCUUUUUCUGUCUCAAUCCCUUCAACGCGCAUCCGAAAAUAACCGGAGACAGCGCGCUGUGCGGGGACACGCUGCGGGCUGGGGGAGGGCGGGGUCGCCGGUAACUGUAAUUGACAAUGAGAUAGAAAAUCGUGGAAAGCAAAUUAAAUGGGAGAGGGAAAGCGCCGGAGUAGAAAGUGGGGGGACUGCAGCAGGGGCUGCCCGGGGCCGCCGAGCGGCUCCGGAGUUUGGGAGCGGAGCCGUUCCCGGCUCCCGGGGCCGGCACUCACCCCGUCCUCUCCCGGUGACAACGGCCCCGGGGAACCGCUCGGCGUCCCGGGCUGGGGAGGGGGCACGGCGUGCGGGGCUGUGCGGGCGGCUCGGGAAAUGCCCCGAGCGAUGUGCCGCCCCACGACCCGCGUCCAGCUCUGCUCCUUUCUUCCUCUUUCUUUCUCUCUUUCUUUUCUCUGUUUCUUUCUCUUUCUUUCUCUCUUUCUUUCUUUCUUCUCUUUCUCCGUGUUUCUGCCUUUCUGUCUCUCUGUCUUUUUGUCUCUGCCUUUCCAUCUUUCUCAAUGUUUUUAUUUCCUUCUUUCUCUGUCCUCCCUUCUUCUCUUCCUUCCUCCCUUCAUUUCUUCCCAUCUCCUCUCCUUCUCCCUUUUUUCCCCUCUUCCCACCCCGUGUCCCCCAGGCCCUCACCCUCACGCACCCGCAGCGAGCGGAGAUUUUUGCAGCGCGCGUGGCAAAGAGCCCCCGACUAACGGUGUCUUUCUGGGGUGCGUGGGUUGUUGUGUUUUUUUUAUUUCUCUUUCCCCAGCAGGGCACGGGGGUGUGAACCAGCUCGGGGGGGUGUUUGUGAACGGCAGGCCCCUACCUGACGUGGUGAGACAAAGGAUAGUGGAGCUGGCUCACCAGGGGGUGCGACCCUGUGACAUUUCCAGGCAGCUGCGGGUCAGCCACGGCUGUGUCAGCAAGAUCCUGGGCAGGUACUACGAGACGGGGAGCAUCAAGCCCGGCGUGAUCGGCGGCUCCAAGCCCAAAGUAGCGACCCCCAAAGUAGUGGAUAAAAUCGCCGAGUACAAGAGACAAAACCCCACCAUGUUCGCUUGGGAGAUUCGGGACAGGCUACUGGCCGAGGGCAUCUGCGACAACGACACGGUCCCCAGCGUCUCCUCCAUAAACAGGAUUAUCAGAACCAAAGUUCAGCAACCUUUCCACCCAACACCAGAUGGGAGCGGAACCGGUGUGGCUGCACCAGGACAUACUAUCGUGCCCAGCACAGCAUCCCCUCCCGUCUCCAGUGCCUCCAAUGAUCCAGUGGGCUCUUACUCCAUUAACGGGAUCCUGGGGAUUCCUCGGUCGAAUGGCGAGAAGAGGAAACGUGAUGAAGAUGUAUCCGAGGGCUCUGUUCCCAACGGAGACUCCCAGAGCAGCGUGGACAGUUUGCGGAAGCACCUUCGUGGCGACACUUUCACCCAGCAGCAGCUGGAAGCUUUAGAUCGAGUUUUUGAGCGUCCUUCUUACCCUGACGUCUUUCAAACAUCAGAGCACAUCAAAUCUGAGCAGGGUAAUGAGUACUCCCUCCCAGCUCUGACCCCUGGUCUCGAUGAAGUCAAAUCAAGUCUAUCCACCUCUGCUAACCCAGACCUGGGGACAAAUGUGUCAGGACCCCAGACGUACCCUGUGGUGACCGGAAACACUUCCCUCUGCAAGGGGGGCAAAGCGAGCAGGAGAGCAGCACUGCCCUUCCUUCAUGGAAUGCAGAUUCCCUUAGCUGGAUUGAAAGAAAACCUCUCCUCUCCCCUCAGUAUAAAGCAAGAGCCUCAUGGAGCCUCUCUCACCCCUUUCACCCCCACCACGCCGGUCGGCUCUGGGCAGGCUGAGCUUCAGCCCUUCCACAUGACCCUUUCAGACGAUGCGUCCACGCCUUGCUACAGUGCCUUCCUUCAUCAUGGUGCCCACUUUGGGCAGUCCAGCAGCCAGCCUCUGAUAGCAGGUCGUGAUAUGGCAAGCACCACCUUGCCUGGCUACCCACCCCAUGUUCCCCCAACUGGACAAGGCAGCUACCCAACCUCAACUCUGGCAGGAAUGGUUCCUGGGAGCGAAUUCUCAGGAAACCCCUACAGCCACCCUCAGUACACAACCUACAAUGAGGCCUGGCGGUUCAGCAACCCUGCAUUACUAAGUUCCCCUUAUUAUUAUAGUGCCACAUCCCGGGGCUCCGCACCUCCCACUGCUGCCGCUGCCUAUGACCGCCACUAGCUACCAUGGAAACCACAUGAAACUGCAGGGUGACAGCUUAGGCCUCCAUAUUGUACCUGUCUGACCCAUCCCUCCGCCCCUGGGAAGGUGAAGAGAGCCUCGCCGUGCCUCCCCGCAGCACACCUCCCUCUCCACCGCUCCGAGCGCUCACCAUGCCAGACUGAGAACCCCGUUCUCCCUGCAUCCCCCUGCACCCUGAGGCACCUCAGGAGCCCUCCACAGCACCUCGGCACAGCUCGACCUCCUGCACUCCCAAGACUCGAGGGGAACUGGCAGCCAUUGCCUUGCAGGACCCCAUUCUCCUGGGAGCGGUAUGGGCAGGGGGAAGUAGGGAGACAGCUGCUCACAAAACACUGAUCCCCAAAGAUACGCUUCUCUGUGGUGAACUCUUCAGAAUGCGUAACCUGUGACCAUCGUCCUGUUUCCCAGGACAGAAGGAACAGCCUGGCUAGAGCAGAGAUGGUGGCACUAAGCCCUGCCCAUCUGGCAAACAAGAGAAGGACCAAGUGACUUUCUGUUACUCCCCACGCACCUCAUCCCACCCCCCGGCAUGGCUCCUGGCGCUGGCUGCGCCCUGCGCGGUGCCCUCGAGGCCAGAGCUGGGCUGAACCUCACUCACACCCACAACUUCUGUGACACACAAUCAGCUCAGACAGGAGGAUGGAGCAACAAUUACAAACCAACCGACGAAAUGAAGAAAUAUAUAAAUAGAUAUAUAAAUAUAACUGUGUUUUUAUGCUUUGUCAUGAAGGUCUGUAAAAAGGAAAAAAAAAAAAAAAAAAGAACAAAUCCCCAAUUUUCUAAAAAACCCAAGCAAACAAAAACAACAACAAAAACAAAAUAAUAAUUAAAAAACCCUACAAAAAUAAAACUCCAAGUCUCACCCCUCCCCGCCACCCGAAUGGCAGACCAGUUCCUCUGACACUUGACGCUCCUCUUUCACUCUCGGGUUUUGUUUCCUUCCUGUUUUGCACUACAAUGGGAUGGUGGUAUUGGAGAGGAUUGGAUGCCAGCUCCACCCCUGUCACCUCCUCCUCCUCCCCCUUCCCCAAAUCCUGUCUCUGGGGAGCAGUGUGGACAAGACACAUCUGACAAAGUUACCAAACACAUCAGUCGACAAAAAGCUCUCUGAGUCAACAAAUGUUUUCCAUGUCACUGGUUGGCAAACAAAGAAAACAAGCCCAGCUGCACUCUAACUGCGCUUUGUGGUGGAAAGGAAAGUGUGGGGCUUCACAUGGGCCCAUCUGAUUGCCCUCCGGACAGCUGAGACUGAGAUGGACAAAUUCAGGAUUGGCUGGGAUUAUUGCUUGGUUCCCUAGCCCUUAGGCUCUUCUCCUUUAACCCUAAUUCCCAUACCCAUGCCUACGUCCGUUCACCCGCAUCCCAACUUUCACAGUUUUACAUAUGUCCAGUACCCAUUCUCCAGAUCCCUGUAGCCUGGUGACAACAGCCUCAUUAUCUGUAUCCAACACCUAAUUUCCCAACCACUGCAGUCUUGCAAUAUGGGCCCCUCUUCAAUUUCCAGUCCAUCUGCUCAUGUGCCCGAUAAUUUAUGGGCCUACAUUCAAAUCCAUAUGCCCACGUCCUUCCAGCCAGUCCCAACAUGCAACUCAUCUUUUCAUUUUCAGCCCUAUAUCAUGCACCCUAAUAUUUACCCCUUAUCCCAAAUGCUCACCUGAUGAUUCUCUAGGGAUUUUCUGCUCUUUUUGGCUCCCAAGUGACUAGCAAACACUGUUCUGCAAAAGGCUAACUGUCAAUAGAAAUGCUUAUUACUCCUGUAUUGUCAGCAAACUCAUAAACUGUUCCUUGCACUGACACUUCUUAAAAAUACUCAAAGAAAACAUGAAGGCAGCUAUAGCCUGUCCCCAGGGCAUCAAGUCUGCCAAAGCAGAUCCUUGUUGUUUUAGAGAGAUUUCUGAUAAAACGAAUAGGCUACUGUCCAUGGACAAAGACAGGAUUGAGAAUCAAAACCCCAAAGGGCAUAAAAGCAAAUGGUAUAGUCCGUAUAGCCAACGUUAUGUAUGAAAUCCAAAGUUCCCAACCACUGAGAUGUGGCUGUGGACUCAGCCUUCUGUUUUCAAGUUUAACUUGUAUGUAUGAAAGCCACCAUCACUAAACAGCUGUGUUGAUCCCGAAGGCCCCUUUCACCUAACACUUGUAGCCCUUGCAUGGCUCUAGCUGAUUAUAGGUCUGUGUCUUCUUUAACGGAAUGCCCAAAUGAAAAGGGUAUGGGGGGGAGGGGGGUGUUUACAUAGAAGAUAAAGAGCUACAAUCUGUUCCUGUACAGAAUAAAGUCAAAGAGGUUACUUCUGAUCUACUAUUUAAAGUGUUAUUCUGCACACCUAACCUCUGAGUAACCUGCUGCAAAUAGAAGAGUUGUUUCACUGUCACUGAGACCACAAUUUGGCCCAUUAUCUCAUUUUAUUCUACAUGAGAAGCAAAAAUCUGAGUAAUGUCUAAAAAUGUACCACUCCUUGUUUUCCUUCAUAGACACCAGACAGAUGCUGGACCUUAUUCCAUAGUUUCCCUUUUAGUCCAUCAGUACAGCCCUUGCCCUACCUGUGCUCAGGGCCACAGGCAGUACACAUCCCAGUACCGGCCACUAGAACUUCCUGAGGAGGCUCAAGAAAAGGAAAUGGUUACACCUCACGUUUAGCAACCUGCAGCCCAGGGCCCACCUUAACUGAAGCUAGCAGCUCAGAAAUGCUCUUUUUCAUAAAGGUGUUUCACCAAAUGUGAGACGUGAGAUAGGUCACGAAAGCUGGAUUUGGUUGGCUCACUCAUGGCUGGCUUGAUCUGACCCUCAGAGGGACAAAUUCACCAUUGGUAUAACUCCACCGAUAAAAAAGGACUUCCACCAGGCGUUGAGUUGGUCUGGAAAGUACCUAAGUGCAAGUAGUUUGAUCAGGAAAGCAGAAUUAUGCAAAGGACUGGGCAGUCUAAUCCUCUUCCACCACCAUCUGUAGACCCCCAUGCGAAUGUACUGAAUUACAUUUGCCAAAGAGUUUCUUGUGUUGAUUGUUUUGAUUUACAGUCGGUGGAUGCAUUGUAAAGCAGUAUUAUAGCUAAAGUCUAGUAGCUGACACAGGGAUUUAUGUGGUGAUAUUAUGCGGAAGAAAACCAUCAAUAUUCAUAUAGAUUCCAUUAGACUGGACUAUGCAGGAAACGCAAAAAUUUACCAAUUAUUUAAUAUUAUGUUAUUUGCAAAAACAAUUGCUGCUUUGUAGGAAGAUAAUGUGUGUAAUGUGAAGGCAAUUCCUCUUGUAUAUAAGUUCAUUUCCAUCUUCAUCAUGGUAGUUAUUAAAACAGCCUCGUCUCAUCCUGUAGAUAAGGAACACUCUGUCUGUACUGUGCAAGUCUUGUUGUGCUCACUGAAAACAAAACACUGUGUUCAAUAAAGCACAGCACAAAUGCAGAA